AUGUCCGAGGCUGUCGUGCGCGCAGAGCGGGAGCUGUACGCGUACGUGGUGGCACUACAGAAUGCACUACAGGUCGCAGCUGAGGAUGCUAUGCCGCAAAGCCUAUGGGAUGGCACUGGGGAGGAAGACGGCGUACUCGGCAACACUGUGGCGGGUGAGAAUCAUCAAGGCGGAAUACCCGACACCUUGAUUCAACAGGUAGAGCGUGAGACGGCACUUGAGCGGCGCCGCAUUCAAGAGCUUCUGCACCGGCAGCUGGCUCCACAGCGAGCUGCCCUCUGUGCGUCCAUUGUGCAACUCGGUGGUGGUCAGGAUGCUUCCGGGAACAUCAUCGAUGUCCCGGUAGCGGUGCUCGACCAGGAGAUCGCAGCCGCGGCUACGGAGAGCGCAGAGCUGGGCCGGCGCAUGGUGGAGCUGUACGACGAGGCGGCGUGGCUCGCCGCGCGAAUCGAGGCGGAGGUGAUGGGCAAGUCGGUGCCAUCCCUGUAG